AUGAAUUGCGUAUGUGCUAUUUUUCUAACAUUUGCAGUUGUUUUUGUCAGGUACUUGAAUAAGUUUCAAAAAAAUAAAAAAUAUUUUCUGAAUGUUAAAUUUUUUCAGUUCGGAUGUUCAUAUCGCAAAUGACAAUUACUUUUUGGAACGAGUUAAACGAGACGGUAGAGUUUUACUGAAAAAAAAUUCAGUCAAAUAAAAAAAUGUAUUUUCAGCUACUGAUUGUGGAUAUGGUAUGAAUCAGACAAUUCGAAGCAUUCUUGAUGGAACAUUGGGUUCAGGAAAAACUUGGAAUUGUAGUUUGGAGCAAGAAGCAAGUGUCGUUGUGCAAGAAUGUUUGACGGAUAAUGGUGGAUUGAAUAAUUCAACAUUGAAAUUGACGUAAAUUUAUAAUGUUGUUUUCUUAGAUUUGAAAUUAUCUCUAAUGGAGCUACAGUAUUCCACGUGCCUUUGAACUUAUUUUUCCAGAUACACAAAUUCGAACAACUUGACAUCGGAUGAAAUAUUGAUUCAAAACACUGUCGGAAUCACUGUCGCUUCCCAAUCUAUCAGUGUAGAGGUAAAUAAAACAAUUUUUAUUAUAAAAAAUCAAAAAAUCAAACAAGGUUCAAGAAACAAUAGUGAUAACAAAUAAGGUGAUUUUUCUGGAGAAAAAUUGUCUUUCUGAUCUCUGAAAAUGAAAAGUCAAGUGUAAUUUUUUUCGUUCUAAAAGGUGUCAAGUUCUCUGAAAAAAUGUUCAAUUAAUUUCAGGCGUUGACAAUUGGAUGCUCUUCUGCAAGUUGUGAUUCACGAGUUGAUCUUCUUUGCAUUUACCAAUGA